UAUUGUUGUGUAUAAAAGAAAACUAGAGAUUUGAUGCAAAUGUUGAUUAGUCUCUCAUGAUGCGAGAGCACGUGAUCCCCUUUCACACUUUUCUUGUUUGCCAAUUACGUCAUGUUCAAGCUUAUUUGAUUUUUAUGUAUUUAUAUGGUCUUUUUAAUCUGCUCUUUUGUAAGACAUUAAUCCCUAAUCUGCAGGUCACUACUGCCUUAAUCCGGAGAUCACAGAGCCCGGUGUGUGUAACGCUGUACACCAUAUUCACAGUCUGUUUCUAAGAUGGUUUAUGUUUGGAUGUUGUACAUACAGAUGUGACUACCGGAAGUUCUAGAUGGUGUGAACAAGCACACUGACGACUCAAAUUCUCCCAGGGCCUGAAAAAGAUCACAGAUGUCAUUUCGCCUCCAAAACAGCAAAUGUGAAUCAAUUGUCAGCAUAAUAUUUCUUCUGAAUUUCCUCGGUCAUGUGUUCUCUCAAUGCAGCGGUUCCUCCCAGUCUCUGACAGCUAGCCAGACUAUUCAGUACUUCACUUCAGCCGGUUAUAACAAUGGCGCCGGCACAUAUAGCAGUAACCUAGAUUGUAUAUGGAUUAUUGAUAGCGGGGCUUCAAAUUACAAAGUGAUCCUAUAUCUGAAGAACUAUGACGUAGCAUGCAGCGGGGACAGUAUCAAUAUUUAUGAUGGUAACAGCGUUUCAGGGACAUCGCUGAAAUCAAACAUAUGUGGCACUGGUUCAUCUGACAAAAUAGUGACGUCAUCCUCUCAGUUUAUGACUUUAAGAUUUACAACGGACGCCGUAAACCAGUCGGUGGGAUUUGAGACUGCAUAUUUCUCAGCGGCCGAUUUAUCCGGAUCAGCAUGUACAGCAGAUCUAACUUUGACGCCAUCAUCAACACCACAAUAUGUGACGUCACCAAGUUUUCCCAGUCUUUAUGACGUGAGUUCCAACUGUAGAUGGAUUCUAACGGUAUCAGCCGGACGAGUACAAGUUGAGAUCAUAUAUAGCGACAUCGAGACCUCCACCAAUUGUGCAUUUGACUCCCUGGAAAUAUAUGAUGGUGACUAUGUUUGUGAAAACACCAAAUUAGCAGCCAUCUGUUCCCGCUAUCCAAACGGGGUGACCGGAUCUUACGUCAGUAACGGUACCAGCUUCCUGUUGAAGUUUAAGUCGGAUGGGUCCGUUAGUUACACCGGAUUUCUUAUCAAAUACACCCAAGUAGAGGACGUAGUGUCAUCCGAUCCUGUGACGUCAUCGGAAGAUACUGACAAUGGCAUUGAUCGUUUGAUGCUCGGGAUCGGGAUUGGGUGCGCCUGCGGUGCUACGGGGGCUUUUCUCAUCGUGUUCAUUGUAACUCUUUUCAAAUCCAAAUGUCGUUCGCCAAAGAUAGUGUCUCCCAGAGUGAAGACGGUAGAACCGAUGAACGGAGGGCCGCAUACCAUGCGCACUCCGUCUGUAAACGGAUCCAUGGACUCCACCGACUCAAUCACUCACUCUAGAAACGGAUUUAUCCGCCGACCAAUAAGUACUAGUAGACGAUCCAGUAUGGUGGACGGAAAAUCUAACGGAUUCCUGCCGUGA